AUGUCUACAAAUAACGUUAAAAUUGUAUUUGGCGCUUAUCCUCUUGCGACGCUCCCUCAAGAAACAUCCAAAGAAAUUAUUGAAAUUUUAAAGAGUGCUGGUAUUAACGAGCUAGAUACGGCUAGAAUCUAUCCCAAUAGUGAAAAGAAUAUAGGGGAAUUGAACUUAGCAUCAGAAUUUUUGAUUGACACAAAAGCUGUAGGCUUCACCCCAGGUAGUCAGACAAGAGAGGGCAUUACGAAAUCUUUCACAGAAUCUCUUUCUUUGUUGGGUGUAGACAGUGUCGAGAUCUACUACCUCCAUUGUCCUGAUCCCGAAGUACCAAUUGAAGAAACUCUAGAGGCCGUCGACGUUUUUUAUAAACAAGGUAGGUUCAAGCGCUUUGGUUUGUCCAAUUUCACGCCAGAGGAUGUGCAAAAGGUGUAUGACAUUGCAGUCGAGAAGGGAUAUGCACUUCCCACUGUUUAUCAAGGCAAUUACAAUGCAGUUGCUCGUAAAAUCGAGAGUGAUCUUUUCCCCGUGCUACGAAAAUUGAACAUCGCCUUUUAUGCCUAUUCGCCUAUUGCUGGUGGCUUUCUAGCACACACACCAGAUGAAAUCACAACAGGAUCCAAAGGCCGUUUCGACAAUAACUCGCCAGUUGGUAAGCUAUAUCAGGCAUUGUACAAUCGCCCCAAGUUGAUAGAGGCUUUGGAGCGUUGGGGUUUAAUUGCUGAAAAAGCGGGCGUCACCAGUGCUGUUCUUGCGUACCGGUGGAUCACUUACCACUCGGCAUUAGAUUACGCUCGAGGCGAUGCCCUAAUUGUUGGCAGCCGCACACCGCAACAAUUGCGUGAUACGCUAAAGGCGAUCGAAGACGGUCCAUUGGACAAGAAUAUUGUGGCUGAAAUCGAUGCAGUGUGGGAGCGGGCAAAGGCCGAUGCUCCUGUCAAUAAUUAUACUUCACUAAACGAUUGA